GGCUGCGGGGACGCGGCCGGGCCGGAGCGGAGCGGGAGCGGCAGCCGCGGCCGGGGGCGGCAGGGCGACGGGGGCAGGGCGUGGCGGGCUCCAUGGCGCCAGCGGCGUCCGCCUGAGCAGCACGGGCAGCGGCGGGCGGCGGCCGGAUCGGGCCGCGACUCUUCCUCGCCAUGGGGGACUUGCUGUCCACGCACCUGGACGACGCCCGGCGCCAGCAGAUCGCAGAGAAAACCGGGAAGAUCCUGCGGGAGUUCCUGCGCUUCUACGAAGACCAGUAUGGCGUGGCUCUGUUCAGCAGCAUGCGCCACGAGAUCGAGGGCACGGGGCUGCCGCAGGCCCAGCUGCUCUGGCGCAAGGUGCCGCUGGAUGAGCGUGUCAUCUUCUCGGGGAACCUCUUCCAGUACCAGGAGGACAGCAAGAAGUGGCGGAACCGCUUCAGCCUCGUGCCACACAACUACGGGCUGGUGCUGUACGACAACAAAGUGGCCUAUGAGCGGCAGGUCCCACCCCGAGCCAUCAUCAACAGUGCAGGCUACAAAAUCCUCACCUCCCUGGACCUGUAUCUGGAGCUCGUUGGCAACUCCUUACCAGGGACCACGUCAAAAUCAGGCAGCGCCCCCAUCCUCAAGUGCCCCACGCAGUUCCCGCUCAUCCUCUGGCACCCUUAUGCGCGUCACUACUACUUCUGCAUGAUGACGGAAGCCGAGCAGGACAAGUGGCAGGCUGUGCUGCAGGACUGCAUCCGGCACUGCAACAACGGGAUCCCCGAGGACUCCAAGGUGGAGGGCCCUGCGUUCACGGACGCCAUCCGCAUGUACCGCCAGUCGAAGGAGCUGUACGGCACCUGGGAGAUGCUGUGCGGGAACGAGGUGCAGAUCCUCAGCAACCUGGUGAUGGAGGAGCUGAGCCCUGAGCUGAAGGCAGAGCUCGCCCCCCGGCUGAAGGGGAAACCGCAGGAGCGGCAGCGCCAGUGGAUCCAGAUCUCAGACGCCGUGUACCGCAUGGUGUACGAGCAGGCCAAGGCCAGCUUCGAGGAGGUGCUAUCCAAGCUGCAGCUGGCCCGGCCAGCCAUGGAGGCCGUCAUCCGCACAGACAUGGACCAGAUCAUCACCUCCAAGGAGCACCUGGCCAGUAAGAUCCGAGGCUUCAUCCUGCCCAAGGCGGAGGUGUGCGUGCGGAACCACGUCCAGCCCUACAUCCCGUCCAUCCUGGAGGCGCUGAUGGUGCCCACCAGCCAGGGCUUCACCGAGGUGCGGGACGUCUUCUUCAAGGAGGUCACCGACAUGAACCUCAACGUCAUCAACGAGGGCGGCAUCGACAAGCUGGGCGAGUACAUGGAGAAGCUGUCCCAGCUGGCGUACCACCCCCUGAAGAUGCAGAGCUGCUACGAGAAGAUGGAGCCGCUACGGUUGGACGGGCUGCAGCAGCGCUUCGACGUGUCCAGCACGUCCGUGUUCAAGCAGCGAGCCCAGAUCCACAUGCGGGAGCAAAUGGACAAUGCCGUGUACACCUUCGAGACCCUCCUGCACCAGGAGCUGGGAAAGGGGCCCACCAAGGAGGAGCUGUGCACGUCCAUCCAGCGCAUCCUGGAGCGCGUGCUAAAGAAAUACGACUACGACAGCAGCACCGUGCGGAAGAGGUUCUUCCGGGAGGCGCUUCUGCAGAUCACCAUCCCCUUCCUGCUCAAGAAGCUGGCCCCCACCUGCAAGUCGGAGCUGCCUCGGUUCCAGGAGCUGAUCUUUGAGGACUUCGCCAGGUUCCUCCUGGUGGAGAACACGUACGAGGAGGUGGUGCUGCAGACUGUUGUGAAGGAGAUCCUGCAGGCCGUGAAGGAGGCUGCGGUGCAGAGGAAACACAACCUGUACCGGGACAGCGUGGUCAUGCACAACAGCGACCCCAACCUGCACCUGCUGGCCGAGGGCGCGCCCAUCGACUGGGGCGAAGAGUAUGGUGACGGCAGCAGCGGUGGGGGCGGCAGCAGCCCCAGCCCCCCAGAAGCAGCCACCCUCUCGGAAAAGUGGCGGCGUGCCAAGCAGGUGGUCUCCGUGGUCCAGGAUGAGGAGGCAGGGCUGUCCUUCGAGGCUGCCCCUGAGCCACCAUCCCCUGCAUCCCCAGACAGUGUCACUGAGCUCCGUGGCCUGCUGGCUCAGGAUCUGCGGGCUGAGAGCCCCCCGCCGGCCAGCCCCCUGCUUAACGGGGCCCCUGCCCAGGAGAGCCCCCCGCCCUUGGCAGCCCCCGAGGCCACCUCACCGCCCACCUCGCCCCAGCACCUCCCCCCUGGAAAGGCUGUGGACCUUGAGCCCCCCAAGCCCAGUGACCAGGAGACCGGGGAGCAGGUGUCCAGCCCCGGCGGCCGUGCCCCCAUCCACAUUACCACCGAGGACAGCGCGGGGGUGCAGACGGAGUUCUAGGCCGGCCAGUCCCCGUGCUUCUGCUGGACGCGGCACGCAGGACGCUCCCAAGGCACAGGCAGGCUGGGCUCCAGGGAGGGGGCACCCCAGUCUGUGCCUUGUGGCUGGAGGUGGGCAGGGGCUGGUGCGGCACCUCCAGGGGUUGGGCAGGGACAGGCCCACCAGAGUCACUUUAUCGAGUUUGGUCAAUACUUUAUUGCUCCCUGUUUUCUCUUCUGUGGGAUGAUCUCGGAUGCAGGGGCUGGUUUCGGGGCUUUCCUCCUUGUGCUGGGGCUGGACACAGCUGAAGGGGGCUGGGAGCUCUGCCCUUCCUGCCAUUUGUCUGUGGCCUCUGUUUCCCUCAUGGGUCCUGCCAUCCUUCUUGGAGAGAGGGAGAUAAAAGC